AAGACGUUUGGAGACGCAUCGAAGAAGCUUGUUCCCGGUACCGGUAAGCCUUUCUGCUCCUUUAUUUGACCGCACUUUUCUCCAGUGAGUUGGAGCAGUAGCGGAAUGGGACGGCGGCUCUGGUGAGGCAGAGGAGGACUCCUGCGCUCCUGGAAAGACCGUGAGUCACAACGGAGCGCUUUGUGUCCGUAGACUGCGCGUAGCAGAGUGGUGGUAGCACUGCGGGGUCGUCCCCUCCUCCCCACCGCCCCCGUGUGAUCUGCUAUCAUAUGAUGCUCAUUUCUGUCUGCUGCCCGGGGCACAUUAUGACAGCUUUCCGUCUCUCUUUGUGCCUUUGUGUGUCCCAUCUCCGAAAGGUGUGGCCGAGGUGAUCCGCUUGGUGCUGGACGCUUUGACCGCAGAAGGCCGGCGUGGACGCCCCCACCUCCUUUUCCCUCUCCUCCUUCCCGAAAUCUUCCAGCCCCUGGUAUUUACCCUGCCGACAAAAGCACAAUCAAGAUGGGUCACAUGAAGUAACGGCGUGCGCCUGUACGAGGGAAAAGGAGGUGGCGGUCUUGGGCAAGUUUUUUUCAGCCGGGAAUGGUGUGAUCUGUGCGGCUAGCCAUUCUGGAUCGGACCGGGGACCCGUCUUUCCCCCGGAGUGUCCGUGGCUCCAAGCCACGUCCAGACUCCUCUAAGAUGGGGAAGUGCGACGGAAGAUGCACGCUGCUGGUGAUCUGCUCACUGCAGCUGGUGGCAGCCCUCCAGAGGCAGGUGUUUGAUUUUCUGGGUUACCAAUGGGCCCCUAUCCUGGCUAACUUCCUGCACAUCAUGGCUGUCAUUCUGGGCAUGUUCGGCACAGUGCAGUUCCGCUUCAGAUACCUCAUCUUUUAUGCAGUGUGGCUGGUCCUUUGGGUGGGCUGGAACUCUUUCAUCAUUUGUUUCUACCUGGAAGUUGGAAACCUGUCUCAGGACAGAGACUUCCUCAUGACGUUCAACACAUCGCUCCAUCGCUCGUGGUGGAUGGAGCAUGGUCCUGGUUGCCUGGUAACACCGGUGCUAGACUCUCGCAUUGCACCUGAUGACCACCAUGUCAUCACUGUCUCUGGCUGUCUGCUGGACUAUCAGUACAUCGAGGUACUGAGCUCAGCUGUUCAGGUCCUAUUGGCUCUCUUUGGCUUUGUGUACGCCUGCUAUGUGAGUAAAGUCUUCCAGGAUGAUGAGGACAGCUUUGAUUUCAUCGGUGGUUUUGACUCUUAUGGAUACCAGCCCCCUCAGAAGUCAUCUCAUCUGCAGCUACAGCCUCUGUAUACGGCUGGUUAAAGUUUGGUAGCGCCCCCUUAAGGCUAAACCAUGACAGUGUCACUGUGGAUGGAAAGUUGACCGGAUUACACUCACUCUGCGUGUCACAGUUUACCCAAGAUACAGACUUAUCUCAGCCAGAGGAGACCUGAAGUGAUGUGUGUGUACUUGUGUGAAGUACACAGCCCUGAUUUGAAUGUACAGCGCUCAGGGAUGAACCAGCAUGACAGUGUUCUGACAGAACAAUGCAGGACCGAGGAGAGCCAAGAACUGAGGACACCUCUGUCACUGGAGGCACUCUUCACUAAACUGCCAGCUCUCAACACUCCACAUGUGCUUGUAAUGUAUCUGUUUAACUGUGUUACUACGGACUAUAGCAGGGGCAUUGUAGUAGCACCUGGUUUAUAAUGCUCAGCAACACCCUAGUGUGGGCCACCGGUCGCAUAAUGAAAAGGCACAGCUUGAUGUUGUAUUAGAAUGUGGUGACAAAUUAGAGCAGUCUUAUGGCCGGGUCCCAAAGCCAUAGUCCCAAAAAAAUAUUUUUAGUAUGUUUAUAACUGUUCAGUGUGAUGACAGAUCCAAGGGCACUGUGUGAUCUAAGUAAAGAACCUUCAUCUAAUGGUGUUGAUUAGGUAUGCAGAUGACUUUGGGACCCUACAUUAGUGUGUCUAUGACUAUGGGGGGAGCAGUGGGGAUACUGUGCAUGUAAAUAACCAGCCAAUUAUGUUUCAUUGGUCCUAUUUAGAAAAGUGGAUGCUGUAGGGAUGGGAGACUUUUGUGGUCAUACCUGUUUUACUUCCCUCUCUUGAACGCUGCAAACCCAUCCACUGGUCUUGCAUCAGAGUCACACUUGAGUCUUGGACAAUACAUACAAAUAUGUUAUUCAGAUUGUAAUAGACCUGAAUAAGGUCUAUUAUAACCGUAUAACCGUUCUUUCAGCUCAACUUCUCAUUCACUGCACUAAUGCAGCAAGUUCAAAUAUGUUCCCACCAACUUAGCAUGGCAAUAACACAACAAUGUGUGGGAUAAGGAGACCGAAGAGACACAGGUAUGAGGUUAAGAGUGUCUUUGGGCAAAGUCCUGUUUGAAAUAAUAAAACACUUUGUACAAA